AUGAGCAACAUCCACAAGAUCAACCCCGAGAACAACCCCAAGCAGGGUUUCCACCCCUCCGCUGGCAACUCUGCCCCCUUGACCGACAAAGGACAUCAACCCGGUCGCAAGGUCUCUCCCUACGACCAGGUCCCCGAAUUCAGCGCAGAGACGUUCCCUCCGGGCACAGCACCAGCGAGCAACUCCUACACUCCCAACACAACCGGUGAAAGCGGAAGUCAAGCUUUGAACCCCAACGUGGAGCGCAGCCAUGGCAAGGAAUCGACCAAGACAAGCGCCAGCGAUACUCUGAUGGGCGCCACAAGCCAGGACGUGCAUACCGGUCUGGGUCACCCGGGCGGUGGCCAGACGAGCAGCGAACUGCGUCACGAUGGUCAACACGGACGGAAGAAUCCCGGUGUCGGUCUCGAGGGCGUUGGUGCCAACAAGGGCAACAACAUGGAUCGCCAGAUCCCCGAACAACGAGGUAUCGAGCGUGAUCAGGCCCAGGGUGGGCAGCGUGGCACCAAGGGUGCACUGGCUGCCGAAGAUAGACAACCUGAAGGCGCAGAGACAGUCUCUUCAGAGUGGAAGUAUGAACCACAGACCCAGAGACAAAGAUUCCAGGCAUAA